UCCCUCCUUGUCACGUUCGAAAACCAGCUAAGCUCUCUCUCUCUCCUCUCUGCGUUCGAGAAAGUGCAACAGAAUCGCUCCUACCUAUAAAGAAUACCAAACCCUUCUCUCCAACCCUUCAAGUGUAAAAAAACAAAAAUAAAGAAAAAAAAAACAAUUCUUGCCUUAGACCAAUCUUUCUUGAUUUUACCCUUCCUUCUUUCUUGAUCUUUUAUAUAUAUAUCCAUACCAAACACAAUCUUGGUGUUUUUUUCUGUUUAUUUUAUUUUAUUUCUAUAUAUAUAUAUAUUCAUAUUUCUGUAACCAUAAGUACAAACGAGGGCAUCUUCCUCUGUUAUUGUUCAUUAAAAAAUAUAGGGAUAAAGGGCAAAAUAUGGUUAUUAGUAGUGGUUUUAUGCUGUUUAAGUUGCUAUUUGUAGUAAUUGCUACUCUGGGGUUCUUAUGGCUUCUGUUAGUUGCAACUCUUGAAGCUCAUGAAGCUAACAGAACGACAACUAGUGCUGCAAAUUUCAUCAAACAUGAUAAGGUGGAGUUAGGAAGAGAAAAGCUUAUUUAUGACCCGGAAUUGGAUUUCAAUUACAUGAUGAGCAAGAGAAAAGUCCCUAACGGUCCUGAUCCCAUUCAUAACAGGAGGGCUGGGAACUCAAAACGACCACCUGGCAGAGUUUAGAAAUGGUAUAAAGAAAGAACUCCAAAGUGCAGGAGAACAUGAAUAGAACGAGAUGAGACAAGAUGCUUUCCGUCUUGUAUAUGUAUUCUUUAGACCAAAUGGAACUCUAAGUGCUCCUCAAAAAUUGUUUGAGAAUCCAAAAAAAAAAAAAAUGUUAUAUGGGGGAGGUUUUGGAGUUACAAAGACGGGAGAAGUUUAGUAAUUGAACACAAAACCUAGCUACACACCUCAAAAAGAAUCUGAGAAAAUAUUAGACGGUCUUUGCAAAAAAAAACUAUAUAUAUGCAGUUUAGUGUCUAACAUGUUUUUGUUUGUUUAAUCUUCUAAGUGUGAGAGAGAAGGGAAAGAGAUAGCCAGAUUAGUGGAAUAUGUAAGCUUUGCUUUGCUUUAUGAUGAUUACCCAAUAAGAAAUAUAAAUAUAAAGACAGAACAUGCAUAGAACAAAACCCUAAAUAUGCUCUAUCUAUUUCAUAUAUGUGUAAGAAAAGGACAUGUACCAAUCUUUAUCUAUCAAUCAAUCAUCUUUUGGCUGGCUUGGCUUUGUUUGGGUUUA